AUGGCCAACCAAUACUCUCGUGUGAAAUACAUUCUUCGAGGCAGGACAGUCAUGUCGAUGUCCCCAGCCAAGCUCCCACCAAUGUCACCCGCCAAAGCUCCCGGCACUCCACCAUCGCCGAACGAAGAUGGAAUCUUCGGCUUCUUUACACAAGACACCCCUCAGCGAUUGCCCCCAGCCUCUCCAAUGGUCGCCACAGGAAAAGGUAAAAAGAAGGACGACCGAAUGUAUGGAACUCCAGAGAAAGAGAACAAGCCGCCGUCCGGAAAGAGGUCACCAAGGACACCGCAAGACGCCCCACCACUGAAAAGGAAUGAUGCCGUUCCCUCAAUCGAGAAGCAGAUCAACAGGCAACUCGCCGGUUUGGACCAAGAUGGAUCCUACACCGGAGGACAUAUGGAAAUGGGUGAGUCGCCGUUUAUGUUCCUGCUCGCUGAUGUAUUUGUCACAAGCAGAACCAAAACUCACCGACUUGGCUGGUGGCAACGCAAAGCCUCCCCGAAUUCGGUAACCACGGUCUCAUCAACCGAAGAAGAACCAAUCAGCGAGGGGACUCUUAAGAAGUGGUUGAUUGAGGAAUCACAGCACAACGCUCGAAUCCUCGCCAAGAAAGGGCCUGCCACACCACACCGAAUGGGCGAACCGAAGCCACCAAAAGAGAAGAAGAACGAGCCCCACAAACCAAAGCUGCCAAAAGGUGGCAAAACGAGGAUCGACGAAAUCAUGAGGAUCAUCAGGAAGGACAUCACCAACGAGUUCGUGCACAACCCAAGAAUGAUGGAGCUGUCGGCAGGAGAGAUAGCGAACAGAAUGGAGAGUGUUGCCAUGAUCCUGUCAUUGGAAGCAUCCAAUCUGCCCUCAGCCGUCAACCAUGCCAGAGCCCAAAAAAAGAACACCCCGAAAGAUGUUUAA